CCAUACAAGGUCGAAGUCUUUAACUAAUUGAGCCUUACCCCCUGGAAGAAACAAACAGAGCUUCCGUCCGUGGUGGGCUAAGGCAAAUAGAGCAUAGCGAUAUGAGCAGUGGGUGACCGUUAGAUAUGCAGUUGCUGGUCAAGAACUUGGCUCGGGUGGUGAAUGGGCUGUCCCUUGUGGCCAAAGAGGCUGCUCGACGCCAACGGCUCAAUGACGGGGCGGAUUUGCAAAGCCUCAUCAAGACAACUCUUCUCUCCGCCACCGAUCUGACCGGCCUCACCAAGGGCAGGUUUCGGCGUUUCGAAGAUGCUCGUACCACUUCCGCCGCCGCCGACGCCGCCUCAGAUAUUGAUCCUAAUUCCGAUUCUUAUCUCAACGCGACCAGACAAAGCGUCGUGUACUUCGUGGAUAGUUCACCCCAGCCGGAUCAAAACCCUUCUCCCGAUUCCAAUGACGUCAGCAUCACCAAGGAUUCGGAGUUUGCCAUUGAAGAGGUGUCUCCGCCUUUACAGACACCUGCUGGUACAUCAGUUGGCGGUGAUCCUCACCCCUCUCCUCUAGAGGACGCGCCUUCUACCCAACGAAAUCUUACAGCUGGUGCCCCUACUUCCCGAACAGAGAUCAAGAGGCAGAUGAGGAAACCUAGGGAGAGGAGGGUGCCUUCUACUCCUCUUUCUAGAGCGCUUGGAUUUGCAGGCCUUGGGGCUGGACUUGCAUGGGGCACCCUUCAAGAAUCCACGAAGCGACUUAUCUUUGGUUCCCCAACUUCAAAGGACAAUCAACAUGCUCUUUCUCCUUACUUAUCCGAAAAAAAUGCAGAACGUUUGGCUCUUGCAUUGUGCAGAAUGCGUGGAGCAGCUCUUAAAAUGGGACAGAUGUUGAGCAUCCAAGAUGAAUCUAUUGUACCUGCUCCGAUCUUGGCUGCUUUGGACAUUGUUCGUCAGGGUGCAGAUGUGAUGCCUAGGAGCCAACUCAAUAAAGUUCUUGAUACUGAGUUAGGCCCUGAUUGGUCAACUAAGCUAAAGAGUUUUGACUACGAACCAAUGGCAGCAGCAAGUAUAGGACAGGUGCAUAGGGCUGUCACAAAGGAUGAUAUGGAGGUUGCAGUGAAAAUACAAUACCCCGGUGUUGCUGACAGCAUUGAAAGUGAUAUUGAAAAUGUUAAACUUCUCUUGAGUUAUACUAAUCUUAUCCCAGAGAAAUUGUACAUUGACAAUGCUAUGAAGGUUGCAAAGGAGGAACUCUCUCGUGAAUGUGACUAUGUACUAGAAGCAAAAAAUCAGAAGUUAUAUCGUGAUCUUCUGCGUGGAGAAACUGGCUUUUAUGUUCCAAUUGUGUUAGAUGACUUAUCAGGCAAACGCGUAUUAACUUCAGAACUUGUCCCUGGAAUUCCAAUUGAUAAGGUAUCAUUACUUGACCAGGAGACUCGUAACUAUGUUGGAAGGAAGUUGCUUGAACUUACUUUGAAGGAGUUGUUCAUCUUUCGGUUCAUGCAGACAGAUCCCAACUGGAGCAAUUUUCUUUAUGAUGAGUCAACACAAUCAAUCAAUCUCAUUGACUUUGGAGCAGCUCGGGACUACCCUAAACAUUUCGUUGAUGACUACUUAAGAAUGGUUCUUGCUUGUGCGAACAGUGACCGGGAAGCAGUCAUUGAGAUGUCAAAGAGGCUUGGGUUUCUCACAGGGGAAGAGUCAGAUAUAAUGAUAGAUGCACAUUUGCAGGCGGGUUUUGUUGUCGGGUUGCCUUUUUCAAUGAAUGGAGGGUACGAUUUUCGGUCUAACAAUAUAAUGCAAAGCAUUUCCAAUCUUGGGGCUACCAUGCUGAGGCAUAGGCUGACACCCCCACCCGAAGAAGCAUACAGUCUCCAUCGAAAGUUAUCGGGUGCUUUUCUUGCUUGCAUCAAGCUUGGCGCUGUUGUACCUUGCCGAGAACUUUUGAUGGAUGUAUAUGAGAAGUAUGUGGCUGGUGAAGAUGGCAUCAAUGUCUCCUGAAGUAGUUUAAUUUCACGGUAACAUUAGAAAAUUUCCCUUACAUUCUUCUUCACAGGAAAUGAUUUUAAUAAAAUAUUUCUUCACAGGAAAUGAUUUUAAUAAACUAUUUCUUCACAGGAUAUAAUUUUAAUACAAUAUUUCUAUUCAUAUUGUGAUUAUUGCAAAUGCAACACAUUACGUGUUUUAAGAAUACAGUAUUUUUUUUGUUGUGUUUACACAAGUUCUUUCCCCUGUAAUGAAUCUAUUGAUAUUAA